GCAUUAUGCACUGAAUGCCAGAUUCCCCGGUGUUGUGGAGCAGCAGAGAGGAGACGCAAACCUUCAGCCAGGGAAAAAUAUGAACACGCCGCACAAGUUUUGCCUAGAAGGGACUGUGUGAACUUGCCGAUGCUAUCCGAUGGAAAUUAAUACCAUUAUGUAACUUAAAGCAACAAAAAAAAAUCUUAAACGUGAUUUUAUGUGGGAGGAGAGUGGAACCCUUUGGUCAAGUCAAGUGAAGGUUCUUGCAGAGUACUAUUGUACUGUAGUACCCGUAAAAUACACGGCGGGUGGUCAUCCUUUUGUUGGCUAGCUAUUAAGCAUGCCCGCUUCCUUGCCUUUUGAACUACCAUAACCCAGCAUUAACAAAAUUGUUUUGAGAUGCGAUUCUGAGUUUGUUGUUCUGUUUUAUCACACAUCAAGCGAGCUAAGCUUAGAGCGUUAACGUUGUGGUCCUCGCUUGCUAUGUGACGUUAGCCACUUUUAAUAAGCAAGCUACUCUGCUAACGUCGCUAUUUAAAUCAUCACUACUUGCGCCAUAGUAUGCUAUUUGCGUAGAUAGACGUAUAUUACAUUAUAACUAAGCAUUUAUUUUCUAUUGUCAGGCAAGAUUUUCAGCACUUAAAAUAACUAGCUAACGGGCAGCUUAGUUGAUGGCUGGCUUUCUAAUUUGAUAAUUAGCCACAAGCUAACUCAAACUGGUGUUCUGUGAACGAUGCUCACUGGUCCUCCUCGCGCAGCUUUUUCCAAAGCUGAGAAAACAAUGCUCUGUUUUUAUAAGCCGCUCCGAACCAACCCAAGUGUGUGAUUCUUGAUGUAUACAUCAAGCUAGUAAGGUGUUUGCAGAUGUAGUUUUUUUUGUGUGCAUUAUUUUGAAUGCAUAUUUUAUUCGGCGGUCAGGACGCUUUUAUUCGGGUUUUAGCGCGAGGCGCUGUUUGCCAGUUCCCCAGUUGGUGCUUGUGCCCGUUGCUUUUUUUCUGUAUUUCUUGGGGCUACAGCUAGCUUGCUAGUUGCUUAGCUGCAUUUAUUUGCUAGCUUUACCGUGGUUAUUGACAUCGGCCAACACUAUAACGUUAAAUCGUAUCUGAAUGUGGAACCGCUUUGCAUGUUUACUUUUUGGGAUAAGUAGCUAGUUGGCUGAAAUUAAUUACUAUCGGCCAGUGGCGUAUGAUUUGCGCUGGGGGUUGCAUUGUUAGAUAGCUAGCUAGCUGGCUAAUUCGGUAUUCUAUUCUGAGGAAAACAGCAAGUCUUUAAAAGUAUGGAUGAUCAGACGCGAAUGCUGGCAGGUCUUGCCGGACUGGGUGGGUUAUCGCAUGGCGACGUUGGCGACCCAGACUCGGUUAGAAAACAACUCGGUCAACCGCAACAAGACAUUGGGGACAUUCUACAACAGAUAAUGGCCAUCACAGACGAAAGCCUGGACGAGGCGCAGGCCAGGAAACAUGCCCUGAACUGUCACAGAAUGAAGCCGGCCCUCUUCAGCGUUCUGUGUGAGAUCAAGGAGAAGACAGUGUUGAGUAUCCGAGGAGUUCAGGACGAGGACCCCCCGGACCCCCAGAUCAUGCGUCUGGACAACAUGCUGUUGGCGGAGGGCGUGUCCGGCCCGGAGAAGGGUGGGGGCUCGGCGGCGGCGGCGGCGGCUGCGGCGGCGGCAGGAGGUUCGCCCGGUAGCGACGGCAGCAUCGAGCAUUCAGACUACCGGGCCAAGCUGGCUCAGAUCAGACAGAUCUACCACUCUGAGCUGGAGAAGUACGAACAGGCGUGCAGUGAGUUCACCAACCACGUGAUGAACCUCCUGCGGGAGCAGAGUCGCACGCGGCCGAUCUCUCCCAAGGAGAUUGAGCGCAUGGUGGCUAUUAUCCACCGCAAGUUUAGUUCCAUCCAGAUGCAGCUCAAACAGAGCACCUGUGAGGCCGUUAUGAUCCUCCGCUCCAGGUUCCUCGACGCCAGACGUAAGAGGCGUAACUUCAACAAGCAGGCGACUGAGGUGCUGAAUGAGUACUUCUACUCCCACCUGUCUAACCCGUAUCCCAGCGAGGAGGCCAAAGAGGAGCUGGCCAAGAAGUGUGCCAUCACCGUGUCUCAGGUUUCUAAUUGGUUCGGCAACAAGAGAAUACGGUACAAGAAGAACAUUGGGUCGUCAGGGUCAUACAGCUUGUCUCAUGCAGGCGACGCUGCUGCGGCUGCCUUCCUUGGCCUUCGCCCCUUGCACCUCAGCGGGGGGGCCGGGGAGGCCCCUCUCAACGUCGCCCCCACUCUACAGCCCCAGGUGGAUACCCUGCUCCGUGUUACACCCCUGAUGGACGGUUAUGAGCAGCUGAGCAGCAGUGCCCUCUAUGCCCAACACUGCCUCCACGUUAGCGACAGCUGGCAGGACUCCACCGAACCAUCCUCCAUCACCUCUCCAACCGGCCCCCCUGGCAGUGUCCACUCAGAUACCUCCAACUGAGACGGACUUCACCUCCUGCAGUCCCCUGUCUCUUCUGGGCUCUACUCUGACCACUACGCUACCCCGCCCACCUGCCCCGCCCACCUGCCCCGCCCUACACGCACACGCCAGCUUGCCUCCCUUACCACCUGCCCACUGGUCCAGACUGGGCAACUCAAGGCAGACGCAGUCUGUCCCCUUUUCUCACACACACACACACACACACACACAUAUACACACACUGUCACUUUACUAUGGAUAUUUAAAAUGGACAGCUAAUCUUAACGGCCAGGUAAAGGGCCUUUCGGGUGGUCCUCCUCCGUGCAGACAGGCUGUGUUGGGGCCCAGCCCGCAUCCACACUUCAUCUCAGACGGUCCAUUGACCCUGAUGUGGACGGCACCCCGCUCCACACGGCUCCUCCCUUUAUCGCCGGGCACUGUGGCGAUGUGGAUCGCAGACGAGCUCUGCUCAUCUUGUACCAAAGCGCUGACCCACCCCGUGAUCCUUGCCCCGCCUCCCUGAACACCAUUUCUGAUCCCUCUAAGAACCGACCUCUGGGCGACGAGGAACAACGGAAACACUGCCCCUCGUUCCCUUAGUCUGUUACCGUGGAUCCUGAUUGGGUUGGGUGAGAGUGUUGAGUGCUUAACAGGUCACACAUUCUCACACACAGACGCGCACACACACACAGACACACACAAGCUUCUUUUACAACCCUGUGUUUGGAACACGGACACAAAUCUGUCAAGCACAAACUUUUGCACCUUUUGAGGAUGUAGUAGGACCUGGGAAGAGGAGGGCGGGAGGUGUGGAGAGGAGCGAUCCUCCACCGUCAUCCGUAGGUUCUCCUUUCCUCGUCUUUAGGAGAAGCUCUGUAGAUUUUACUUUCCUCACUUCUGUCAACUAGUUUUUGUUGAAUCUAGACUUUUCUUUCAAAUGCCGUUUCACUUAGAAAUGCACCUGCCACCAAAUAAACAUGUUUUGUUGUUAGAUCCUAAAAGGACUGGACUAAAAGACGUUUGGAGCCAGAGAGAUGGUUAUGUCGCAGGAAAGAAAUUGACUUGAGAGUUUUUUAUAUAUAUAUAUAAUUGUGAGCGUCUUCCAUGCAUGCAGGCUUCUUAGGUGUUGAGUAAUGGGUUUCUCCUGUUAAAUAGCAUAUUCACUUCUCUUUUAGUUUUUUUCUUCAAACAAGGUUAUUAUGACUUUUGACAACACAGACCAAAAAGGAGUGAAUGCAUCAUGCGUUCUUAGGCUGUUACUGUAGAGUUCUUGGAUGUCGGUCGGGGGGAUGGCGCCCCCCUCUUUUUUCCACUGCAGAACAUUUUACUAGUGUGCAGUAAUUUACGAGACCCUGAUUUUUUUUUUUUUAUUAUUAUUAUUUUUUGCACCAUGUUCUAUCAGUUCCAGUUCCUUUUUGGUGUACCUGAAGGUCUACUCAAGUUACAUGAUGACAUUGUUCUCGUGUCCAAGCUCCUCCAAAAAAAUCUAUUCAAACUGAUUUCACACUUCACCACCGACACCCAUCCCCAACUGAAUGAGUUUCAGGUGUGCAGCUGGUUCUUUCGGGAAGGCGCUACUAUGUCUCUUAAAACCAGUGACUGGUUUGCAAGGCACUGUCUGUCAAAUAGUAGAUUUCAGAUGGAUGAUCACCAAGCUGGAGUGGACCUUUACCUAAUGGCUACCCCCUCUAGCACAGUCAUGUUCAGUAAGGCGAAUACAUUAAAACGUGAGGUAUGCAGCGAUAUGCUACUACAUUAACGUAUCCGAUGUGUUUCUUGUUGCAAAACAUUUAGCUACAUUCUGCCUUACUGAACAGGACCCUGGCAAACCUCCCCAGUUGAGACAGUGCUGUAGUGCUCAUGACAACUUGUUCAGCUCACAGGAAACACUACUGUAUUGUAGCAAAACCAAAUAUAACAGUUAAUAGGAUGACUUUAUUCUACAUGUUGGUUAAUGAAGGGUAUGUUUUCAGUUUCAGGGUUGAGCUAAUUUUAUGUGUACUUAUCCGUGGGGUGUCUUCCUGCCUCAUUUAAUUGUCAGUGUUGGCAACUGUAUUUUUUUUGUGUGUGUGUGGGGGGGGGGGGGGGUCAGAGGCCAGAGGGUGGUUUGGGUGAUUGUAUUGUUGCUGUGGAGACAGUGUUGUUGUCGAGGAGUUCUGCUGUUCCAUAAGAAGGCAUGUCGUUCUCUUCACUCCAUCUCAGAACAUCUGCGGGUGAAAAUUGAUCCUAAUGGUUUGUUCUACGAUUUGGCCAAACAAAAAGGGCUUUCAUCUCCUGAAUAACUCUUACCAAAAAGGCAGCACUGGUUUCAUUACCACAGUAGUAUUCAGAGCCAAAUCUGAGGUUUUUCUAGGGUUUUUACUUUUUAUCAUCAACUGUUGUGAGAGCUGCGGGCAUUUUGAUAAAAGAGAAACUAUACUGUAUUAAACUCAUCCAGAUGUUUGAAAUGGUAAAAUGGGGUUUUGUUAAGUGUGUACAGAGAGCUGGUAUUACUCAAAGUCCUCUGUCCUUGUUUACUCAUACAUAGUAAGUCUUAUUAUGUCUUAACAAAUAUAAUAUGAUCACUACACCAACAAAUUAGUCCCCACUUCCUUUCCCCCUCCCAGUCCUCAACGGAUGUCAUUGUACAGAUUGUGGAAUGUCUCAAUGUUUCUCUUUUUAUAAACUUUUUUUUUGUUGUUGCUUUUGGGUGAGUUAUCUGCUUUGUUUGGCCUUCUUUAUCUGAGGUCAAGUUAAAAAAAAAAUUGCGUUGAUUAUUUUAAUUUGGGGUCUUUGAUUGUUGAUUGGGGUUAGAGUGUGGUGGUUUAUGGUAUUGUGAUUUGGUUUGCUGCUGUCCGAAUUCCCUCUGGAACUAGAACUGGUGGAACUGUUUUCAAGCAAUAUCCCCAGGAUGUUCAUACCAGGGUCGUUGGUCGACAACUUGUUAGCAAACACCAACAAUGUAUUUAAGUAUUAAUAUUUCAACCAUCAAAGCAGAGUCUUCCGUCCUCAAGCAGAACGUUGGGAAAGGAACUGUCCUGGCAUCCCCUCGCUCCUGCUUGCAUUCAGUCUAUUCUUAAGCUAACACACCUGAAUCAACUUGUCUGAGAGCCCUUGACCAGUGGAUUCUAGUGAGCUUGUUCAGGACUACAAUAAAACUGAGACAUCAGAGGUUUGUGAACGUCUGAUCUAGAACCAUCUGCUUCAAUGGUUACUUUCCCUAAAAAUGGGGUCUCGUCAGUGCUUGCCUCAACAGCUGCCAAUGACUGGGUCUUUCUGAACCCAUUAAAAAGUCCCUUGAUCUCACAUUUCUAUUUGAUUUCAGGCAAUGCUGUGUGGAUUUACACCACUAAUCCGGUUACCUGUCACCAGAGUAGCAGCACUGUUUACUGACACGUGGAGCUAGCAAGCCUGCCCUGUGCUUCCACAAGUCAACAUGACAUGGAGCUUCAAGUUGGAUUCUAUUACAGAAUAUUCUCGCAUUCUAAACAUAGGAUUCUUUCUACUUGCCGUCAGAGAAUUCCACAGCACCAAAUCAAAGGAUAUCUGAAACCCUUUAAUGUGUCACUUUGUUUUAUUAGUAUCUUUGUAUAUCCCUUUCUUCCUCACAUCCCCCUGUAUUUUAACCCCCUCUUUCUUUCUACCUCUGUCUCCUGUAUAUAACCCCAGGCCCCCUCCCCACUGUUUCAAGACCCGUCGGUCUAUAUGAACUCCUUUUAUACCUCAACUUUAGAAUUGUUCUAGAACAAGUAAAAAGAAACAAUAUUUCAAGUUGUAGUGUUCCUUAUUAGACAAAACUAAUAAAAUAAUUUAGUGUGCUUUU